GUACUAUCCAAAUUUUGCCUGAAUUGUCCUCGCUAAACCAGAGAGAUUCAUCUCGGGAAGAAGUGAGCCAUGUCGAGUGUUCCAGAAUAUACUGAUGAGUUCGAUGAUGAUGUUGAGGACUUUCCUAAGGAGUGUAUAAUGAGGCCAAAGAGGAGACAGAAAACGAAGAAAAAAAUGUUGCUGCAGAAAGCUAGUGAUGACAGAAUCACGGUGGAGGUGAAUGCAUUUGGUGUUCAUUGCGGUGAUGGCUGGACAAACCUGACUAACUACUGUGGCGUCUUGGUAAAGGAUUAUGUUUCGAUUAUCUAUGACGACUGGCGACAUGUACCUGAUAAAGUCAAAGAUGAGUUGUGGAAAUAUCUUUUGGAACUGUUUGUGCUAACUUCAAGGUCUAAGAAGCAAGUUUUUGCCACCAUGAGUGUUGCUUUGAGACAAUUCCGGUUUGAGUUACGGAAUGAUUUCAUCUUACAGCACAUGGAUGAUUUGACAAAGCUAAGAUACCCUCCUGAACGGUAUAAGCAUAUUCGCACCGAUGAGUGGAGAGUCUUUGUGAAGAAGACUUUCACAGAAGAGUUUCAAGUAAAGAGUCAAAGAGGAAAAGAUAUGAGGAAAAAGAACAAGUAUAACCAUCGUUUGGGUUCUACUGGUUAUGCAGGCUUACUCAAGAAGAAGGAAAAGGAGCUUGGAGCUAAUGUUGUGGACAUUGAUCGAGCGGAUACAUGGGUAUGGGGCCAUCAGGGCAAAGAUGGAGAAUUUGAUGAUGAAGUGAAAGCUAUUGUAGAAAAAAUAAAGGAGAUGAAAACUAAAGUAGAUGAAGGUUCCCUUGUGGCUAGCGGUGUGAAUGAUGUUAUGACACUUGCUCUUGGAAAAAAGCCAAAUGGUAGUCGAGUACAAGGAAUGGGGCACUUCAUUACCCCAUCUAUGUACUUUGACAUGCCAAAACCAUGCAUGUCUGAGAGGCAAAAAGAAAAAAGCAUUUGUGAAAAGAGAUAUGAGAUGAUGGUAGAACAACUUCGUGAUAUGAAAGCACAGUUGAGUUCCUAUGCCGGUAGUGACAUUGGUAGUUGCAGUGUCGCAACGAAGUCCCCAAGUGGUGAAAUUGGAAAACGAAAGGUGGCUGGAGAGGUUGAAAAGCUGGCUCAUACUCCCAAGAAAACACGCAUCCAUAGUCAACUGAGUAAAUCUCCUAGACACACCUCUGUAGAGAAAGAAGUUGCAUCGCCAAUAACUGGACCAAAGCCCGACAAACAGAGAAAGGACAAAAAACCAGAGGUGUAUUCUGAAAAAUCACCAAAGGAAGUUGAUGUUGAUGACGACAUGGGUUGGCUAGAAGAGCCCGUGGCAGUCCACUUUGGUGCAGAUGAAGAACAACAAUGCACCAAAACUAAGAAGUUUCAAAGGUGCACUCCUAAGAAGAUUGAAACAAAUUCCCGGCUUCCCAGAAGAUCCCCGCGACACAUAUUACACAAGACUGACACACCAUUCGAAGGUGUAAAGGAAGAAUUGGGGAAUGAUGGUGUGGAAGUGUUGAAAGUCAACAGGCCUCAAAUGAAAAAGAAAUCUGUUCCUGUCAGAAAGCUUACUAUGCAACGAACAACAAGGUCCAUAGCAGAGAAAAGACAAGGACAAAGCAUGAACAUGAAGAUGUUCUCCAUCCUGAUUGAGCGAUGCCUGGGAGAUGGGUACAUGAUACCGAAUGACGCAGAGGUGUUUGGGUUUCCAACGAAAUCUGUUUUCAAUAAGGAAAUGUGCCGCAUAGUGAUCAAAUGUGAGAAGGUCUCAAACUCUGUGAUAGAAAUUUGGUGCAAGAACCUUUAUGAAAAAAUGUUGGAGGAUGGAGGGGAAAUGCCUGUCCAGUUUGGUACAUCAGCUGCUAUACCACGUCCAAAGAGACCAUCUCAUGAUUCCAUCACAAGGAGGUCGCAAUACGUAUCAGAUCUUUUGGGUGUCGGUUUACUUGGACAAAUCACUUUACUCCCGUACAAUUCAGGUGAUCACUGGGUAUUAGUUGCAAUUGACCCAGAAAUGGACAGGGUGUAUUACUUGGAUUCAAUAGGAGAUGUUCCACUCGAUGAUCUGAAGGUUAUUGUGACCCAAGGAGUGAAAAUGUAUCAAGCAUCUAAGUCUAGUAAUAGGCUUACGGUGAAUUGGAUCACAGUUCAGUGCCCGAAACAAGUUGGAUGUGUGGAAUGUGGAUAUUACAUGAUGAAAUACAUGAAAGAUGUGGUAACUGAUGUCUCUAUCCUCAACAAUUUCUCUGCUGUUAAAGAGUAUUCUGAGCAAGAUAUUUUAGAAGUACGGGAAGAAUAAGUUUCUUAUGCAGCAACUUUGAUGAAAGCUGAUUAGUGACUAAAUCAAUGGAUGCUGACAGACUGUUUUGAAGGAGCCCUUUGAAGAAGGAUAUGUUUUUGGCAUGUUUUUGUCCUCUUUGGUGAAGGAUAUGUUUUUGGCAUGCAUACUUUUGGCCACAUGUUUUUGAACUAGGAAUGGCUUUUAAUGUGUUGUUGUAUGAUGAAGUAUUAUAACUGUAGCUAAACUAAG